AACGAAGGCCGUCGAGUAAUUACAUUCAGAUGCUAAGAGGCUGAGGUAUCGAUAGACCUAAUCCACUCUGUACUCGCUACUUUUUCACCACCAUUCGCUGUGGCUGGUUCGAUCAUCUAGUACAGGAAUAUUGUUGCUCUCGGAUAGCGUAAAUUUUCCCAGCUACGUUAUCGCGACGAAUUAUAUCUGCCUAACCCACGUAAUUCGAUUAACUAACAUGUUUAAUGACGACACCAAAGAACACGAUGCAGAAAAAGUCCAACUUUAUUCGCGUUCAGCCGGCGCUUUUCGACACACAUUGACACGAACGAUGUUAUUGGCCCGUUGCGUUCAAUCCUACUGCUAACUUGGUAUCGCUUUGCGCCUAUUUGUGUUUGGAAAUUUUCUCUAUUAAUUGGAUUUUUUGACACAAAUACUCCGUUAAAAUGCUCAAUUCUAACGAGUUGAAUAUUCCACAUGACUUUGAUGAAGCCAUUGAAGCAACCGGCUACGGAUUGUUUAAUGUCCUGCUAAUAUUGGCAAUUCUGCCAGGAGCAUGGGCAAAUUUUUUCGACACAACGGUAAUGUCUUACGUUCUUCCAGUAGCUGAAUGUGAUCUGCAAAUUACAUUCUUCCAGAAAGGAAUGCUCAACGCUGCUGUUUUCGCAGGAAUGUUUACCGCAGCGUUUCCGUGGGGUGUCUUAGCAGACACAAAGGGCCGAAGAACGCUUCUCAGACUGGGAUACUGCUGUGAUUGCAUUUGUAAUAUUUUGUGCAGCAUGUCUCAGAACUUCUACGUUUUACUGACUUUCAAAUUCUUGAGUGGAUGCAUAAUGAGCGGCCCUUACGCAGUCAACAUGACAUACCUCGCAGAAUUUCACAGUGGCAAGUAUCGGUCAAAAGUAGUGCUGUGGGCUCGCCUUUUUCCUUCGUUAGGAAGCAUCGUGCUUCCAGGAUUAGCAUGGAUUGUAAUUCCUCAGCCCUGGUCAUUUACCUUAUUCAACGGAACAUUUGUUUACAACUCCUGGCGAAUCUUUAUUUUGAUCUGCAGUAUGCCAGCUCUCCUGGGAUUCAUCAUCCUACGAUUUUUACCAGAAAGUCCGAGGUUCCUGAUGUCCCAGGGUAGAAGCGAGGAAGCGAUGGAGGUCUUCCGAAGAAUAUACGCGAUGAACACUGGAAAAGCACCGGAAACAUUUCCCGUGAAGGCACUUCGUCAGGAUGAUCCGAAACGGAAAACAGAAGCUGUGGAUACCUCGAGAAGAGCAUCCGUCUGGGAAAAAAUCCGAAACGGUGGUGCACAGGUGAUGCCCCUGUUUCAGAAGCCACAUUUCUGCCACUUCCUCCUGAUCAUCACCAUACAAUUCGGGGGCCUCCUCAGUCUGAAUACGCUGCGUCUGUGGAUGCCUCAGCUCUUCACAUUGAUGGAAGACUUUAAACACAAAAAACACAACGUCGGCAUCGGUCGUCCAACUCUGUGCAACAUGAUAAGUACGCCGAGCAAUUCAAACUUUACAACGUACGAUGAAAUCAACUCCACGAUGGCUAAAACUUGUGACGUGGUUCCUGUCUACAGCAGGGUUUACAUCAAUUCCAUAAUCUUGGCCAUUACCAUUGCCAUAGCUUGUUCAAUUGCCGGGAGUUUGGUUAAUCGGAUCGGGAAGAAGAAUCUCUUGCUUGUUGCCUUCUUGAUCCCAGCUGUUUGCGCCUUUUUGUUGAACUGGUCGCCGAAUUCUGACGCGACAUUGACGCUUCUCGCCAUUUACAUGGCUUCUGGCAACGUCUCGGUCACUACUAUCAUCAGUUUCACCGUCGACCUAAUGCCGACGACUCUCAGAGCAACGGCUGUUACUCUGGCCAUGGCCGCCGGUCGGAUCGGCGCGAUGUUCGGAAAUCUCCUGUUUCCGCUGCUUUUGAGUACAGGUUGCAUGGCCCCCUUCAUAUUUGUCGGAGGGUUCCUGCUCGCCUGCUUUUCAUUGUCCAUCUUUAUUCCGAAACCUCCAUCAAGGCUGAUAUAAGGUUUUGGAUGGAUUUCUUUGGCGCGUCAAGAUCAUCAUCAGAAUUUGAAUUUUUUACCUUCGUACCUGCUUCAUCUGAAUAUGAACGGUUUUCUCACAAUGUGUACAAGGAGACUGCAUCUUUUUGCAUUCGUGUGAAGUACUUUUUCUUGUAUACUUAAUGUAUUUAUUGCAGGACACUUACUCGACGUGCUUUCAAUUCUCAACAAAGCAUGUGCCGUGUGCAUGCAUGAAAAUCGUCACGAUUGUACAUACGGAUAUGUAGGUGUA